AUGUGGGCAGGAAUGCAGGCCGGAUUUUCGUUCAAAGAAGAAUUUAUGAAACAUUGGCUGCCGUUUUCAAUAGCUCGAGGCAUCCUCAAGUUUGUAAACAAGCCAUUUCUUUUUUUCUUUCAUCUCUUCAUCCCCUUGACUGCAAUGAAAUUCCAUGCACUGAUGAGAGAGUUUUGUGUUGGAAAACCCAUCAUAAGCAAAUGGAGAAACCAGUGCAGAAGAACAAAUUACAGCACAUAUUUGUGGUUUCUUCUUAUAUUUUCCAUUGUUGUAUUAAUCCUUCUUCAUCACCUGUUCUUUUCAAUGGAUGCUCCAACUUCAUCACACCACCACUCCAAGAAGAAGAUUCGUAGUUUAGUUGGUGAAAGUUCAAGUCAAGAUUCAUGCUUGGGUCGAUAUAUUUAUAUCCAUGAUCUUCCCAAGCGAUUCAAUCAAGAUUUGCUCACCAACUGUCAGAUUCUUACAAGGCCCACUGAUAAAACCAGUAUGUGUGUAUAUGUACAAAAUUCUGGUAUUGGUCCUCAGAUUCAAAACUCUGACACUUCGGAUAUAUGGAACAGCAAUUGGUUUUCGACGAAUCAAUUCAUAUUAGAAGUUAUUUUCCAUAAUAGGAUGAAGAAAUACAAGUGUUUAACUAAUGAUUCAAUCGUUGCUUCUGCCAUUUUCGUCCCGUAUUAUGCUGGUUUGGAUCUUCGUCACUAUCUAUGGGGAUUCAAUGCUUCCAUGAGAGUUUCCUCGGGUUUUGAUUUGAUUAAUUGGCUUAAACAAAGACCCCAAUGGAAAUCCAUGUCGGGUAAAGAUCAUUUCUUGGUUUCCGGUAGGAUUGCUCGUGAUUUCAGGAGAAAAUCCGACAGAAAAUCUGAAUGGGGAAGCAACUUCAGAUUCUUACCAGACUGUAAGAACAUGUCGAUGUUAACAAUCGAAUCAGGUCCAUGGGAAAACGAAAUAGCUGUUCCAUACCCGACUAGCUUCCAUCCUUCAACAGGUGAUCAAGUUCUUCAAUGGCAGAAUCUAAUGAGAACCCAAAACAGGUCAUACUCAUUCUCUUUCGCAGGUGGCUCAAGAAACCGACAAAAGAAAUCAACAAGGAAUGAGAUCAUCCGCCAUUGCCAAGCUUCAAAGCUCUGCAAAUUACUCGACUGUAACUCAGUGGGACAUAAAUGUGAUGAUCCGUUGAACUUGAUGAACUUAUUUGGAAGGUCAAUCUUCUGCUUACAACCACCAGGGGAUUCAUUAACGAGAAAAUCUACAUUUGAUUCCAUUUUAGCUGGUUGUAUCCCGGUGUUCUUCCAUCCAGGGAGUGCUUACACACAAUAUUUAUGGCAUUUACCAAAUAAUUACACCAAGUAUUCUGUAUAUAUAUCGGCAAAAGGUUUGAGAUCGGGAAAAGCCAGAAUUGACGAGACAUUGCUUCAAGUUUCCAACGACGAUGAAUUGUCAAUGAGAGAAGAGGUGAUAAGAUUGAUUCCCAGGAUUAUAUAUGCCGAUGGACGAUCUAGAUUGGAGAGUACUGAAGAUGAUGCAUUUGAUUUGGCAAUCAAGGGAGUUUUGAAAAGAAUAGAGACAUUAAGGGGAUGUGGCAUUUGA